AACAUUGCAUAUCUUAUGGCCUUGUGGCCUGGUGCAUCAAUCUUCUUAGUGCGAGGGAUACCUGAGGGGCGCUCCCAUGCUUAUUCUAGUUCAAUACUAGCCCUGCCACCACGGCCACACGCUCAAUUGCCCCGUAGGUUCCGGUUAACCUAACAUAGAGGAAACGCUGCGUUCUUGGACAUGGCCAAAUUAUCAAACUUUGGUAGCGACAGCUGUUUCACACAACCAGCUACACCUAAGCUCGUGUUGGUUUUUCAGUGCGUUCUAGCGAACAUCGAGUUAGACCCUACAGACAAGUUGACGUUUCGGCACGUCUGCAGGGCGGCUCGCGACCUCCAUGACCAGCAUGCCAGGACAGUUCGCUUUAAAGCCAACAGCUUGCAGGGCCCUUCUGCCCUCAACUUACUGUCAUCGGACGAUGUCGCGGCUGCAAUCCGUGGCAUCCUUGCAAGGGGUUGCCGGCCCACAACCAUGAUAAUUGAAAAGCCACCACCACCGUACAAGCUAUUACACGAGACCAAGCUGUUAACCUUCUUGACCUCGUGGGCAGAGGCUGCCUCCGUUACGGACCUGUUGCUGUACAUCGACCUACCUCUUACCCCAGCUGUCGUCUCUGCCAUAGCAAAUUUGAGUCCAAAACUGGCUCGCGUCGUACUUGUGUGUGGUGAAGACGACCAAGCACUACCAGCACCCCCUACGGACGACCUUGCCGCGGCAGCCGCAGCUGGGGAAGAGCUGCUGCGGUUGCUGGGGCCUCGUCUCACAAGACUAGAGCUCCGCAUGUUCGAUGGCUCUCAGUACGCCUGGCCCACACGGGCUUUUCGCGGCCUGUCGUACUGCACGGCAUUAAAGGAACUGGAGCUGGCAUUCUUCGAUGACUUGCUCCCUUCCGAUGGUGUCCCUGCUGAUCUACUGCUGCUGCAAUCAAUUGCCCCUCUCUCGGGGCUCAGAUCACUCCAGCUGACAGACGACUGCCACCGGCGGGGCUGGCCACGUGUCGAACCACCCACCCCCGCCGAGCGGCUGGCCAGCGCCCCCGCCCUGGAGUCAUGUCUCAGCGGGCUGACGGCCCUCACCCGCCUUGAGAUGCACCUGGCCCGCCUGCAGCAUUACCCAAACAGGCAAGGUUACGCAGGCGUCUAUUACCAUGUGGGGGGCCUAGAUGACCAGAUCUUGGAGCUGCAGCGGCAGGAGCAGCCUGCGGUGGCAGCAACGUUGGAGGCCGCGGCGGCAGCAGAGUCACGAGCGCUGGCCGCAGCAGCUCGCUGCAUGCCGGGCCUGGUGGAGCUGCGGACUCCAGCAGUGGUGCAUGCAGCAGACCUGUCGACCCUGACCACACUGACAUAUCUCCGAUGUGGCUUGAUCUCAAUGCCAGGAGAGGCCGCGGCAGCAGUGCCACGUGAUGCUGCCAGCGGCUACAAGAUUGUGGUGCCGCCACAGCUUCAGCGCCUUGAGACGCAUGCGCCGUUGCCGGUGCGAACUGCAGCCGCACUGCGGGCGCCGCCUGUGGAGGGCGUGGAUCAGGUUCCCUGCUCUUUGAUGGCGGGGGGCAGGCUUUGGGGCUGCAAUGCGAGCCCCUGGUGUCUAGAUUUCAGCGACGAUGCUGAACAACAAGGUAGCCUCACGGCUGACGCAGUGGACGCCUUGCGGCGUGCUGUGGCCGCGCUGAGUGGAUUUCGCUUCCGCCCAUUUAUGCACGUCUCUUGGCGGCCCGAUGAGGAGGAGCGAGGGGUUCGCGUGCGGAUGAAGUACAACGAUAGCGUGGAGCCGCCCCGAGCUCCGGACGGCAGCAAUGGCAGCCACUGCCGUGCUUGGCUGGGGGAGCUGGCGUGCUUGGAAUUGGAGGCAUUGUGUCUGGAUGGAUUUACUAUGUCGCCAGUCGACAUUCUAGGGCUGGGCCGCUGCAUGACCAGUGUCCAGGUUCUGGACCUCCGUGGCUGCGACUACUCCGUAGCCUCACUGCCACUGCUUGCAGGCAUGCAGCGGCUGCGAGAGUUGCAGUUGUCGAUAGAGUUUUGGCAAUACAGCGAUGCCUGGUCCGAUCGGCAGGAAAUCAUGGCCGCGUUCCUGGGACUUACUUCACCGCUGACCACACCCACUGGUGGCCCUGGUGGCGCCUUACAGAACCCAGGUAUUGAGGGCAGCAGCCACGUGGGGCCGCUGCCAAAGCUGCAGCUGAUAUCCAUUGUGUGCAAGGAGGGCUCAGAGCCGGAGAUUGCGUUGCUGGAGGAUGCGGUUACACCGGCUCGGGAGGAGUUUCGUCGCUGGAAUGCCUACGGAAGGCUGGAGGUCACGAGUGGGUGAUGCAGAUGGUGGGUGGCCUUUACCUUAUUGCUGUAUGGUUCGCAAAGUGCGGUUAGGACAGGGGCCGGUACGUAGGCCUGGGUGUGAGCGCAUUGUGUUUGACUAGUGACGGCUCAUACACAGGGCAUAUCGUCACUGUAGGAGCAUGACAUUACCCAUCAACCCGCCGCAUGUUUUCUCUAUCCUGGCUAGCAUGUUUGACCCAUGGGUCGCUGGAUUACUUUUGCCUGCUACAGGGACGGAUGCACACUGUUGCCCUGCCGCAGUCGGUCUCGUGCUGCUGGCUUCGCUUAUUCAUCAUAUCAUGACCGCCAAACCUACGUAUUCCUGCAGACGGCUAGUCAACGUUUUGCACCGGGAAUGCAAUGCUAGGCGCUUAAGCAAUGGAUGAUAAUUUUUUGGGAGCUGCACUAGAGCCGUUGUGCAAUUUUCCAAGAUACCACAGCUGAUGGCUGCUUUUGGACCAGUAAUGGAUAGAACGUAGAAGCCUCGCUGCAGUAAUUAUACAUGCAAGAAGAGAAGUCCCAAUAGUGUUAUGUGGUGGGUGCUAGGGAGCUAGAUAAAAGGAACUCGAAUUAUGUACCGUACGGUACGCCAUGCCAAUGUUCCUUGGGGGCC